UCCGAUCCUUUUAUCAUUUAUGAUUUCACCCCGUGUUAGCGACUCAAUCGUUCAGUUAUGUCUUCAUUCGCUGACUCGUUCGAGGAAAUUAACCCUGACUCACACUCCGCUGAGUCGACUCACCCCUUCGAAGAUGACGAUGGCUACGUAGCUGUAGGAGACUACUCCAAUUUCACCGAUGUUGAGCCUGUUAAGGAGUCUGCCGAUGAAUCGGCGAUUUUUAACGAUAACGAUGAUGAUAUUUUCGGAUCCAAUGACAAUUCGGCUGAUAAUGGGGUUUUUGUCGAUUCAAAUGGUCCGAUUUUGCCACCUCCUUCGGAGAUGCAGGAGGAAGGUGUUGCCCUUCGUGAAUGGCGGAGGCAAAAUGCUAUUCAACUGGAAGAGAAGGAGAAGAGAGAAAAAGAAAUAUUGAGCCAGAUCAUUGAAGAAGCAACCGAGUACAAGGUUGCCUUCCAUGAGAAGAGAAAGGUUACAUGUGAGAACAAUACAAAAAACAACAGAGAGAAGGAGAAGUUAUUCCUGGAAAACCAUGAGAAGUUUCACAAGGAGGCUGACAAGAAUUACUGGAAGGCAAUCGCAGAGCUCAUUCCUAAUGAAGUCCCUGCUAUAGAGAGGAAAAGAGGGAAAAAGGACCAAGAGAAUAAACCUUCCAUUGCCGUGAUCCAAGGACCAAAGCCGGGGAAACCGACCGACCUUGCCAGGAUGAGGCAGAUACUUGUGAAGCUUAAGCACAGUCCUCCUACACACCUAAAACUAGCUUCACCACCUGCAGACGCCAAGACCAGCAAGACCCCUGCCGAGCCCCCCAAGACUGCGGCCAUUGCUACCACCCCUGAAGCAGUAGUCACUGCAUGAUGAUUGAUUUGUGUUCAACGACCUUGUAUUUAUAUCUGAGGAUAAGAAGAUUGAGUCGUUACUGUAUCGCUUCAACAUAGUGUCAUUGAUGAACUACAUUGCAAGUGCAGGGUUUACUAGUUUUAUAUUCUCGCUUGACCCUUUAGAAAACUAUGAAGUAUGUAUGAAGGAGAAUUUUUAAGACAUUGUAUUCAUUAUUACUAGUAUGUAUUUAGUAUCACUUUGACUUAAUGAAGUUUCAGAGAUUGGUUAAAGCUUUCA